AUGCAUCAUCCAUGCAAGUUUGGUCAAGGUUACGAAUUGAUAUCGUUUGUGCUUUUGACCUGCGUGUUAUUUGGGAUUGCUAGCAGUCAGACAUGUAAUGAUUCAAUAGAAGGCUGGGUUAAUGGAUGCUCAGUUCCACUGGGCAUUGAUUUUUUCUUCAAGGAAAAGUUUAGAUCUGCAUGUAAUAAACAUGAUCACUGCUACAACUGUGCACAACAUUCAAACUUUCAAAAGACGAGGAGGUUUUGUGACAAACAAUUCAGAGAGAAUAUGAAACAGGCCUGCAAAACAAUCAAAAAUCUGCUUGUUCGAGGGGCAUGUUCUUUGACUGCUAAUCUGUACUUCAAAGCGGUCCAUAAGCUUGGAAUGUUUUACUUUGAGCAGAAAUCACCAGCUUAUUGUUCUGCUGCGUGGGUUAAAAAGUGCAUUAAAUAACAUUUUAAAUAACACUUCGUUGAUUUUUAAGCAGUUCUUAAGUUAGUAUUUAU